AUGACCGUCCUCAGUGCGACACUACCCAACCUUGGAACGGGUGCUCUGACUAUGCGUGAGGAUAAGAAUGUUUUGGGCACAAGCAAGGAAUCGAGCCUUUUGCAAACCGCCAGCGCUUUCUACAAGAGCUUCGCCGUGGAGUGCUCCAAGGCUCAAGUGUCUGUCGACAUGUUCCUCUUCUCAUCAGUAGGCGAUUCAUUGCAGCCCCCUUGCUGUGUAAACAGGGAUUAA